AUGGAUGCAAACACAAUAGACAACGCUCCCUGGGUGGAAGACGCUCCGAUCAAAAUCCUGAUACACGGGUACACAGGCAAUAAAGACUUUUCCCCUAAUACGGAGAUCAGACCAGCAUACAUGGAGUGUUGUAACUACAAUAUAAUAUCAGUGGACUACAACCCGAUAGCCCGGGAGCCGUGUUAUAUUGAGGCAGCAAAGAACACAGAGUUAGUUGGCAUGUGCGUUGCCCAACUGAUCGAUCAACUUGUCCAAAAACAUGGAUUCAGCCUCGCGCGAUUCCAUCCUAUAGGCUUCAGUCUAGGGGGACAAAUAGCAGGAUUUAUUGGUGAUUAUGUGACGUCAGGAACAAUGGAGAGACUUACAGCAUUGGACCCAGCAAUGCCCCUGUUUGUGACAACUGACAAUGGUAAAAAAAUUGACAAAGAAGAUGCUAAGUUUGUAGAUGUCUUACACACGAAUGCCCUCGAGAAAGGAAAACUCGAAGCUAGUGGACAUGUCGACUUUUACGCCAACGGAGGUAUCACGCAGCCUGGUUGUAAGUCUACCAAGGAACAAACUAAAUCUGGCUGCGACCACGCCAGAGCUCCAGCAUAUUAUGCAGAGUCCCUAACAACCGACGUAGGCUUCUAUGCAACCAAGUGCUACUCGUGGAUCAUCUACAUGAUUGGUUGGUGCGAGAUGUUCAACCCUAACGAGGAAGUACUCUUUGGAGAACAUGUUCCUACAGAUGUGCAGGGUCUAUACUUCUUCAGUACAAACUCUGAAUCUCCUUUCGCACGCGGCUCAAACAAGAGGGGCAGAAGAAAAAGAAGUUACGAUUUUAAUUUAGUAGAGUAA